UUUUUGGCUAUAAGAUGUCAUAUAAACUAAUGAUCUUACGUGUUUACAAAACAACGAUAAUAUAAGAAUAGUUUUGAACUUUUACUGUUAUCAUAUAUAAGGAUUUUCAAAAUACAUAUCGGGUAAAUUUGUGUACUUAAAUAUUGAUACAACGCAAAAGAAUCUAAAUAAGAAAUUAAAUGUCGAAAUAUGAUACAAAAAAUAGAUUUACAAAGUGUAAUCGAGUCUUUCACGCAACCAAAUAAAUAAUUAAGAUAGAUACAAAUGUUGGUAUAUUAUUAUAAUUAAUCAUUAAAAAUAUGAUUUCUCAAUGCACUUAUUGAAAUAUUUUAACACCAACGAAAUGUUACACAAUAUUUAUUAUCACCAUAGAGAUACGCAAUUCAAUUUUUCAGCAUGUUUUUUUGUGAUAUUGUAAAUUUUUUAAAGACUAGAAUGAAUUUUCAGUUAUUUUGCUUUUUGUAUGUGUUAUUCAAAUGUCAGCGUAUAAAAAGUAUGACUGUAGGAAAUUUAGCGUCCCCGUUACAUGUAAUACAUACGAUUAUAAAUUUUAACUAAGUCUACUGGUGAUUAUAUUUCUAACUCUAGAGACUUACUGAAGUAAUUAUUUGUAACCGAAUUAGAUUGACUAUGUAAAAAUUAAUUGUACAGAAAAUGAGCGAUUACGUUGUCAAAUAUCACAUAAAAAUGACAAAUUGUUGGACGCAAAAUUAUUUUUUAAAAAUCCAAAAACCGCGAUGAAGAAUUUAAAUUACAAAUCUUCACUCACAAGUACAGAAGAUAAGAUUAAAAAACGAUCACCAGAUUACUUUAAAAGUUGGAACUUUGGCGGUAGAUGGUCAUCAAAAUGCGCCGGUGUUCGUUUCGAAGUGAACACACAAUACACCGUAGGCUUUGAUGAAAGCAUGCCAGUAAAAAUUUUAGAUAAAUUGUGUGAGAGGCGGUAUGGAUUUAUCGACAAGAGUUGGUUGGCCAAGGCUAAUGGACAGUAUGGUACACUGGGACCUGUGUCAUUGUUUGCUAUAAAUUACAAAGAGAAAAAAAUCGCCGUGUUCCUCGGAUUUCCACACUUGCAAAAUUAUCAAGAUUACAUAACUGGUAUGUGGGCUGUGGGAAAAUGUAGUACAAACAACUGUGAUGUUCACCAAUCCGUGUUUAAUGUUCCGGAUGUCUUAGAAAGAGAAGUAAUGUAACAUUGUAGUUGAAAUAGUCCUUUUUUUCAGUGAUAUAAGAACAAACGUAUAAAAAUAAAACGUCGAAGUUAUUUUCCUAUGUAAUUACGCAAAUGACUUAUCAACUUUCUCUUCUUCACAAGAACUUUGUUAAAUUAAUAUAAUUAACUGUCUAAGAAUUUUAAAAUAAUAUAUUCGU